GCACCGUGUCUGGCUUUGAGAUGGAGCUCGAUUCCGACGUGGAGGACCUGCUCAUCAUCGAUGAACUACUGAGCGAUGAUGAGGGGUUGCUCACGAAAGAGUUGAAGCGAGGUGCAACACAGGACAACCUUGACGACUGGUUCGAUGGUACAGGGAGGUGGGAUCGCAAGGGUGUACCCCAUGAGAAGCGCUGUUGGAACAAGAAGGCGCACCGCACUCCUUCUGCUACCUUUCGCAGCUGGUUCCGAUGCAGGUGGGAGUCCUUUGAGAGGCGCGAUCUAACCACUGGCGUACCCUAAGGCGAAGGCAUGGUCUUGGCCGAUAGACGCUUUCCUACUUCCACACAUCGAAGUGCCGUCUGCGUGUUCGUCAAUGCGUAUCCAGCUCAUCUACAUUGAAGACCCCAUUCCUUAGGGUUAUUGCACUCUAAAACGAGCCGAAAAAACAUUCUUCGCACCAUCCCAGGGUUAAAAUAUCGAACAUGAUGGCGUACGCCACUACUGUUCCGAUUUUCAAAUUGGUGCUGUCCCAGGCCAGAAAAAAAAACUAUUUCUUUUUUUGCGACCGUUUUUUUGCGACCGUAUUUUUGCGACCUUUUUUUUUUGUGGCCUUUUUUUUGCGACCUUUUUUUUUGCGGCCUUUUCUCCACACACUGAAAACGCUAUCGUUUUUUUCAAUCUUUCUCAAACACGCACCAAACGCUUAUUCCUUGCAGAAGCACCUUCACACACAGCAGUAGGUGCUUCUUUCCAAGUGUCAUCCUCGCUCGUGGAGGUUUCGUUGAGAUAUCACGACCUCCACGGGUCGAUUUGAGCGACCGACCGCCCUUUUCCAGCCCUUUGGACACAAACCCAAGAAUCGAUGCCCACACCCACGUUUUUUGCCACACCUUACCCCGAGACCCUAACCCCAUCUCCUGCUGUACAACUCGCAACGCUCAGUAGUACAUACCAUAAAGGGUGGGCGGGUGAGGUGCUGGGCCCGCGACAGCGCGUGCUCACGGAGUGCGUUCAAACCGCGAGAGCUUGCUGUGGCGGUCAACGAACAAACAAACCGUGAGGAAGACAACCUUCCGCGCUCUCGUCCAAGCGCUAUACGGCACAACGUACGGGUUCAGAGUGAAUGGUACCGGACCGUACAUAGACCCGUGCGAACGAGUGGCAGUUUUUCUGUUUCGUGUAGGCGGGGGGCGAGGGGUGAGGGAGACGGCUGGCCAUUUCGACAUCGCUGAAGGGACGGUUGUCAAGUGGACGAUUGCCAUCGCGCGACUGGUGAAACGUCGUCUGGAGAAGCAGUACGUCAAGUGGCCUGACCGUACGAACAACGCCGCAUAGCGAAGGAGUGGGAGUGGGAGAAGGAAUUAAGGAAGGUCGUAGGGGCCACCGAUGGCAGCCACAUGAGGAUCCCUGGCCCGGACGAAGAUCAGCUGCUCGCGUACUACAACUACAAGAAGUUCUAUUCGAUCAUCCUCCUCGCCAUCGUCGACAACAAGGGCUUCUUCCGGUGGACGUGCUCUGGGUGCCCUGGGGCGUGCGCUGACAGCGGCGUGCUGCAAGGAACAGCCUUGCUCCGACGGGCCCAAGCUGAACUCACGAUGCCGGCGGCGGAGCGCACCUUAUUCGUGGACGACUUCUGCAUCCUUGGCGACUCGGCUUUCUCUGAGAGCCCGUGGAUGUGGACGCCUUACACUAUGCCGGUGACCAGGGCGGAGCGAUACUUCAACUUCAAACAUUCGUCCAUGCGGAUGCGCGUGGAGCACGCGUUUGGAAUGUUGAAGAUGAAGUUCCUGUGUCUACAGCGCGGACUGCUCUUCAAGUUGGAGGACUGCCCGUUGAUCAUCGACACUUGCUGCGUGCUCCACAACUUCUUCAAGAAGCACGAGGGCGCGUGGUCAUCGUACCAGCCGCUCGACGACGCUCCGACGAGGAAUGGGACGGGCAGGGCCGCCGGGGCGGAUCCCGGAGCAUCGGGUAGGGCGGCCGAGACGGCGUACCUCGCGGGCUCCUUCCUACAACGCGACUGGGGAGCACCAGGUUCGAUGGCAGACAGACGCCGCGCUCGGAGGGAGAGCGCCUGGCUUACUGAGGCGCAGGCGUCGUGACAGGUCAAACACGGCCGGACAUCUCACAUGGAGUAAAGAUGGGGGCCUGGGUGGAGGUGUCGGCGAGGAACACAUGGGAUGAGGGGGGAGGUCCGGGCUGUAUAGUUGCCAUCUUGUAACGUUAGGCCCGAGCGUUGUCCCGUAACGAAGUGAAUCUAGGUCAUGUUUGCACAGGGCCGAUGAACAUACCCUGCAUUUGGGAAUUUCUCUUUUUUGUUUUCCUUCACAGUCCUGAGGUAGCACGUUUUUUAUUUUUUUUGAUAAACCGGAGGGGCAAGUGGCGGCGCGUUCGUGGCUCACUAUCGGCAAUUCUUAUCCUUCUCGAUGUCGUGCAAGAUAGCGGUACCCUCCUUCGCUAUGUUAGCGCGGAGCGGCUCGGGACCGAAGUACAAACGGUGGGGAUAAUAACUUGAAAUCAGUUGAAGGUCCUCUGCGUAUGUUUUAGCGUA